AGUAGGAUGGAAUCUGAGGAAGGGUUCACUAUGGAUGGUUCUGUUGAUUUGAAGGGCAGGCCUGUUCUCAGAUCCAAAACUGGAAGAUGGAAAGCCUGCUCAUUUUUAGUUGGGUAUGAAAUAUUUGAAAGGAUGGCCUUCUUUGCAAUUGCGUCCAACUUAGUGAAUUACUUAACAAAUAUGUUGCAUGAGGGCACAGUGACUUCUUCAAGGAAUGUAAACAAUUGGACUGGUGCCAUUUGGAUCACUCCUGUACUUGGUGCAUAUAUUGCAGAUACCCACUGGGGACGCUACUGGACCUUCACAAUAUUUUCCUUCAUUUAUAUAUUGGGAAUGGUUCUUUUGACAUUGGCUGUCUCACUGCCAUCUCUGAGACCACCAAGAUGUGGUAAAGAUGUGAGUGUGUGUCCAAAGGCCUCUACAUUUCAGGUUGGAAUUUUUUAUUUUGCAUUAUAUGUGCUUGCUGUGGGCACAGGUGGCACAAAGCCCAAUAUUUCCACCAUUGGUGCAGAUCAAUUUGAUGAGUUUGAGCCCAAAGAGAGGGUUCAAAAGGUCUCCUUCUUCAAUUGGUGGAUGUUCAGUGUGUUUUUUGGAGCACUGUUUGCAAAUACUUUUCUGAUAUACAUCCAGGAAAAAAUUGGAUUCCCUGUGGGAUAUGGAGUUCCUACUCUUGGCUUGAUUAUAUCAGUGGCUAUAUUCUUAGUGGGUACUCCAUAUUACAGAUAUAAACUUCAGAAAGGGAAUCCUUUUGGUCGAAUUGCUCAGGUAAUAGUUGCAGCAGUUCGUAAAUGGAGAGUGAAGGUACCUGCUGAUGCAGAAGAGCUUUAUGAGCUGGAGCCUAAAGCCUAUCUCGCCAAAGGAAGAUUCCCUAUAUCUAACACUCCAAUCUUGAGAUUCCUGGAUAAGGCAGCAACAAAGGACGGUCCUACAUCAAGUCCAUGGAGGCUAUGCACUGUGACUCAAGUAGAAGAAACCAAACUCAUGAUAAAACUAAUCCCAAUAUGGGUUGCCAUGUUCAUACCAAGCACCAUACUAGCCCAAGUACAGACACUAUUCAUAAAGCAGGGAAAUGUACUAAAGAGGAACAUGGGCCCUCACUUCACAUUCCCCUCUGGCUGCCUCACAGCAUUUGUCACCCUUUCAAUGCUGGUGUCUAUUGUAAUCUACGAUAAAUUCCUUGUCAAGCUCUUCAGAAAAUUUACAGGAAAUCCCAGAGGCAUAACUAUGUUGCAAAGAAUGGGGAUUGGUCUAGUUAUUGAUACAAUACUUAUGGUAAUUGCAGCAAUAACAGAGCAACACAGGAUUAGGGUUGUGAAAGAACAUGGGCUUGAAGGCCACCCAAAAGAAGCAGCACCCCUCACAGUCUUCAUCUUGCUUCCUCAGUUUUUACUUAUGGGAUUCAGAGAUGCCUUCAUUGAAGUGGGUAAGUUAGAAUUUUUCUAUUACCAGUCACCUGAGAGCAUGCAGAGCAUAGGAACUGCACUCUUUACCACCACGUUAGGCAUUGGGAAUUUUAUCAAUAGUUCUCUUCUGACUACAGUGGCUGAUAUAACUGGAAAAAAGGGCCACACAAGUUGGAUUCUAGAUAAUCUGAAUGCAUCCCGGAUUUACUAUUAUUAUGCAUUGUUGGCUGUUCUUAGUUUCUUGAAUAUAAUCUUCUUUCUGGUAGUUUCACGGCUGUAUGUUUAUAAGAGAGAAACAAGUGAAGCUUUUGGCAGCAGCCAUGAGAUGAAUGCAAGUCAACAAGAAAAGCAGCAGCAGAGUUUUGCAAAUAUGGCCGAUGACGAUGGUGUAUCCAUGGAUUCGACCAUCCAGCUCGUUCCCAAAUGACAGUUGUCUUGAAAUCUAAUAAUUAUGUUGUGAU